UUGAGACACCGUGUGCCGUUGAUAUGACGUAUUUUCCGUUUGACAUUCAAGUCUGCGAGAUACAAUUCAUGCCAUGGAGUUAUGCAGAGGUGAGACUUGAAUCAAAGACAAACUGGCUUGAUUUAUCAUACUACAGUACAAAUGCCUUGUGGGACGUUCUCGAUACAAGUGUAGAGAUCACCGAUGUAACCAAUGUCGAUUUAAUCUCCUUCAAACUGAAACUUCAGAGAAAGCCACAACACCAUAUUUUGACAUUAUUACUGCCAGUGCUGCUGCUGGCUACUUUGAAUAUUUUUGCAAAUGCUCUUCCCAAUGGCGGAGACAGGUCGGGAUAUGCUGUCACAGUUUUCCUAGCUUUCUCCGUGUUUCUUACUAUCGCAGACAGCGUGAUGCCGCCCAAUUCGGAAAAGGUUUCUCUGUUUUCCGUCUACUUAGUUAUACAGACUACACAGUCUACCCUUAUCACAAUUUUGGCGGUAUUGUUGACAAGAGCUGAAUCUCUGAACGAUAGCACUAAGAUCCCGCGUUGUCUGGUAUUUCUCGAAAAACUUUCCCGAGGAGUAUGCAAGAAGAAAACGACAGAAAAAGUUCAUCCGCACGCGAAAGAAACAAAGCUUAAAGAUAUUGAUAAUCAUGCUGAAAACGAUGAAAGAUUUUCACCUGUGGAAGGUACAGAUGAAGCGACUCCAUGCACAUGGAUGAUGGUUGUUGCAGCCAUUGACAAAAUAGCAUUUAUUUCAUUUUCUGCUGUUUUCAUAGUCAGUACGAUUGUCUUCCUCUGUAUCAUGACUUUGCGACCAAAUUAAGUAUUAUUCUUUUGUGAGAAUUUGUAUUACUUAUACUUAAAAACACUCAGACUAAAGAUUUUAACUUCAGAUAGUAUUUUUCUGUGUUAGAAAAUAGAUUGUUCUCUAUGCUUUGUUUUUUAAACUUGUGUAACUAUUAUGAAAUAAUUAUAAAUAUUUUCAGGAAAAAUGUUUAAAUAGCAAGUGAAAACCUUUAGCGUUUGCUUGUGACUGAUGCUGGUCAGUGAAUAACCCUUACCCUGCUAAAUUUCUAUAAUGAACCUGUCUAUCUUUCACUUUGGUCAGUACCAUUAACUGUUAAAGGGGGUGCUUACCAAAAAGAUAUUGACUGAAGGGCGAACGGUGCAGAUCAUGAUCUGACUGCACGGAUGUGCAGGCUAAUCAUGAUCUACACUGGUCGCAAAGGCAGAAUCGAUCAGGAUAAUGGAUAAAGUCAUAUCAAAUAGACAGAACAUAUUUUUAAAAACAUGA